AUGUGUCGCUUCCUCGUAUACAAAGGCAGCGACGAGAUUCUCCUUUCGAAGCUGAUUCUCGACCCGACGCACUCGAUUCUCAAGCAGUCCUUCGACUCCCGCCUACGACUUGACACCCGACGAGGCCAGAACAACGCCGACGGCUUCGGCAUCGGCUUCUACACGGACCCCAAGCUCGGCGCCGGCCCCUGCCUCUUCACCUCGACGAUCCCGGCCUGGAACUGCACGAACCUCCAGCGCAUCGCGUCCAAGACGGCCUCCCGCCUGAUCUUCGGCCACGUUCGCGCCACCACCGAAGGCUCCCUGAGCGAGGACAACUGCCACCCCUUCACCCAUGGCAGCCUCAUGUGGAUGCACAACGGCGGGCUCGGUGGCUGGAAGCACAUCAAGAGGAGCUUGGCCGCCCGCCUCGCCGACAAGUGGUACCUGGGCGUCAAGGGCGGCACCGACAGCGAAUGGGCCUUUGCCCUCUUCCUCGACAUCCUCGAGCGCCUCGGCCAUGACCCCAGCGCCUGUCCCGCCCACGGUUUCGGACCGACGGUCCUGCGCAUGGCCAUGGCCAAGACGAUUGCCGAGAUCAACGAGCUGACGGACUCGAUACCGCAAGACGUGCUGCAGAACGAAGACGUCGACACGAGGAGCCUGCUCAACUUUGCCGUCACCGACGGACAGAGCGUCAUCUGCACCCGUUACAUCAGCAGCGCCAAGGACGAGGCCGCGAGCCUCUACUACUCGUCGGGGACCCAGUGGGUGACGAGAACGGCGGAGCCGACCGACCGACAGUACCAGAUGGAGCGCAGGGACAGGGGCGCCGACAUCGUCCUCGUCGCCAGCGAGCCGCUGACCUUUGAACGAGAGAACUGGGUCAAUGUACCGACCAACUCCAUGCUGACCAUACACCGGCAAACCGUCAUGGUUCACCCGAUCCUGGACAAGUAUUACGAGCGGGACCCGUACCAUGUUCGAUCCAGCGCCUUUGUUCAAGCAAAGGGUCUCGUUUCGAACGAAAAGAUUCCCGGCGACCCGUUGUCCCCCGCCAACGAGCAUCCGCCGUCCAGCCUCGAUGGGUACCGCAAGUUGGCCGCCCAGUCCGUCUGCUCCCGCAGCCUCAGUCCAGACGUACAUCGUCGACCAACGACGCCCGUGUCUUUGCGAGAUUCGACGGCCCGCUAA